GCGCGGCCCGGCCCGCUCCGCACCGACGAGUCGCGCCUGCCGCCCCGCUCCGCUCCGCCGCGCCCCUCCGCCCGCCGCCCCGAGCCCAUGAGCCUGAACGAGCACUCGAUGCAGGCGCUGUCCUGGCGGAAGCUCUACCUGAGCCGCGCCAAGCUGAAAGCCUCCAGCCGCACCUCCGCGCUGCUCUCCGGCUUCGCCAUGGUGGCCAUGGUGGAAGUUCAGCUCGACGCAGAACACGACUACCCUCAAGGGCUCUUGAUAGCCUUCAGUGCCUGCACUACUGUCCUUGUUGCAGUUCACCUUUUUGCACUCAUGAUAAGCACCUGCAUUCUUCCAAACAUAGAGGCUGUCAGCAACGUGCACAAUCUCAACUCUGUCAAGGAAUCUCCUCACGAGCGAAUGCACCGGCACAUCGAGCUCGCGUGGGCAUUUUCUACUGUCAUUGGGACUUUGCUCUUCCUUGCAGAGGUGGUGUUGCUGUGCUGGGUGAAGUUUCUUCCUUUAAAGAAAAAAACUGAUAAUACCCCGCAGGGCAACAGUUCUACCAUCACGUCGGGACAGGCAGCAGCCAUUGCAUCCACGUCUAUUAUGGUGCCCUUUGGAUUGAUUUUCAUUGUGUUUGCAGUCCACUUCUACCGGUCACUGGUGAGCCAUAAAACAGACAGGCAAUUCCAGGAGCUGAAUGAACUUGCUGAAUUUGCACGGCUCCAGGAUCAGCUGGAUCACAGAGGUGAUGCUGUCUCCUCAGCCGUUACCAAUUUCGCGUAAACCUGUGCUUCAGGAAGAUAACCCCACUGUUCUGCUUCUGCCUUACGUUGACUGCCCUGUGGAUGAACGGGUUGAACUGCUGAUCACUGUUUAAAGAGAGAUUAUAAAUAUUGUUCUAACCCUUUAGAGAAGGAAAAAAAACGUUCCUUUCGUGCAGUUUUUGCUGUCUGAAGGAAGGGAUGGUGGGGUGUGACUGCACUGUGCGUGCAGCCCUCCUCCUGUAAACACUGUCUCGCUUAUUUUCUCAUUAAUGCUGAAUGGUGGCUGUAUAAAUACAUGGAAAAUAACAUUGUACAUUUGGGUAUUUGCUGGGAAUGGGUAAAGAAGUUGUUGAGGUUUUUUUUUUUUUCUCUGUUUAUUUGAUGUUGGCAUUUACUAGAAGAUACUGCUUGUCCGAUCCAUAUUGCAUGGCAUGAUACAAAUUACUUGGGACAUGCAGCAAUUAGCACUUGGUUUCGGUGCUGGUGCUGCUCUCCCUGGAAAGCCUGACAGAUGGUAGGAGCGAGAGCUUUCCCACCACUUUCCCCAGUAUGUUUUGCUGCCAAGUAAUUAUUACUUUACUGAUUUCUCCAGUGCCUUUUUCCCGUGGCACUUACACAUUUUGUAACUUGCUAAACACCCCGGACUAGUCUUACUGUGAUGUGGUGUGGCCACAUGAGUAGGAAUGAGACUCGACUCUUCCAUGGAAGAAAAUAAAAGCAAUAACUGUUUUUAAAGUUCUCAUGAGCUGGCAAAUAUUAUCUGGAGAGAUAGAUCUGCCUGUUUCUCAUUUAGGAAUCUUUUUUUAAAAAGGAGGAACUAGAUGGAAAUUAUCACUGGAUAAUUUUUUUUUUUUGCUUGAAAAUCAGAACCACUGCUGUUUUUUUCCAAGCCAAAGUAGUAAUUAUUUUAUACUUUUAUAUUGAAAAUAUAUUUUUAAUAAAUCCUCAGAUACAAGCAGCAAAAGGUGCUUUCUCUGUGUUGGAUUCCCAAGUAAUUAGCUAUGCCUUGGUCUUCCUUGUUUAGAAAAGUCUUCUUGCUGAAGUGUUGUAUAUUUAAUAACUCAUUAUACAUUUUUUGAUUCCAGAGGAAUCUGGAAGACAACUCUUCUGGAUGUAUAUUUAUUUAUGAAAGUAAGUUGUUUGUAAUUAAUAUUGGCUGCUUACUUUCAGACACAUCUGUGACAGCAAAGCUACAGUGUCAUUCUUUAUUUCCUCUUAAGGCAAAAACUUCCAUUUGGUCUCCUAGAUAAGAAGUUUGUUCAAGAAAGUUUGCAGCAGUUGUCCUGGGCUGCUUCAGUAAUUGUGGCUAUGUCUAGGAGUGGGAUUUUUUGGAAUACAGUUCUUCUAGGGAGUGGCUCUGGGAUUUAAUAGGUAAAAGCUGUUUUUUGAACACAAACUGAGACAGGUUUCAAGUCUUAGGGAAAAAACUUGAGCUCCCUGUCGUAGCUGUCACUGUGGAAUGGAAACCUGGGAUUUUGACCUGAGACAGGAGUGACUGUGACAGGACAGUGGAUUUGUACCUGACAGCCUGGGCUGAACGUGGUCUCACCAACCUCCAUCUGGGGUUAUCCCAAGGUAUUUACAAACUGCAGGAUGUGCCUGUGGAGUUUGGGUGCAGAGUGUGGUUGCUGCUGCAGGAGCCUCUGAAGCAGAUGGGGCUGAUCUCUCCUGUCAGCAGCACCACAGUGCAACGUGUUGACAAGGUCACCCGUGGUGCCUUUGUAUUGUCACAAACAACUAUAAAAAAAAAAACCUGCUGGGCUGUUCUUUUCAGCAGCAGUCUCUGUUCACAAGCAGCAAACAGCUUUGCACUUGCUGUUUUCACAAGUCCUUCUGGCAUACAGAGGCCAAACUGGAUUUUCUCAGCUCUGCCAUUACGUUGUGCUUCAAAUCUGUUCUAUUCCUGAUGUAAAUCUGAUGGUGAGGGUUGUAACUACAGUCCCACAGGUGCUCAUUCAUGGAGCACGGGAAGGAUUAUGUUAGUAAAGGCAUUAAGGGAGCAGCAUUCCAAAACAGAAAGUCUUGGUAAUAGGCACAAAAUGUAUUUUCCCAUCCUUUACUGGAAUACUAGUCCUGUCUUGGGGAAAAACUCCUGAAACCUCUCAGUAAAAGAAGAAAACCUGACUCAGUAUUCACACUUGAGCAAAGGGUGCUGUCAGGCUUAAAAAUUGUACUUCUGUCCAUAAAUUGUGUGUUUAAAAGUUACACAGUUCUGAAGGAAGCCCAGAACAUCAGUUUUCCAAGUUUACUUUGUAAAAAUUACUUGCUGUCCUGGAUAAGCAGCUGAAUUUCCUGUUGUUUUGUUAACCUUUUACAAAGUGACAGAGAAGUAUGGAUUUUUGGUGGGUUUUUUUGUUUAAGAGAUACAGACUUCAAAGCUAGUGGGACAACCUUAAUUUUAACUUUCUCAAACUGGUAGGCCCUGAGCUAGUGGCACUGUUAUUGCAGCUGCUUUUCUGACUCUUUGCUGCACUUUAAGCCAUGAUAUUGAGUAUGUUUCUCUCAUUUUUCACCUGUGGAAAUGGUCAUGAAAGUUACACCUCGGGUACCUUUGUCACUGUGUGCCCAGGCAGUAACCAGACACAAAUACGUGGAUCUAAACAUUAAGAGUGCACUUAAUUUUUUUUUUUUAAUCCCUUAUUUAUACUAACGGUGUUAGGAGGCAUUUACCUCAAGCAUUUUAAACAUUGGUUAUUGUAUAUCACUUGUUUAGAUAUAAAAUACUUUCAUGAAAUAAAAUCUACUUAAUUGUU